AUCGAUAAGUCGAUAGGCCACCGGCGACAAUAGCUGUAGAAAUAAGCACGUGCAGAAGACAUUUAAAUGUUGGCUUUUGUGCCAGAAAAUAGCCGCAAGAGCGUGUAGUUCGUCUCGUUUUUCAUGUAGCUGCCUGGCAACAGUGAACACCCUUUGCUGAAGACCAAAUAGUUUCAAAAGCCCCUCGCAAAAUGCCGAAAACGGCGGAAGCCCAGGGCAGCCGCAAGAAGCCCAAGAGCCCGAGUAACGGCACAGCUAAGGCCAAGAAGUCCGCCAAAUCGGACAUCAACAUGGCGGACGUGGAUUUGCUGCUGAAUCCGGGCGCCAAGCUGAGCAAGGAGCAGAAGGAGAGGCGCAGGCAGCUGGAGGACUUGGUGGCCGCCGAGUUUGAGGGGGCCACGGAAAACGGCUCUGGGGACUCCGAGGGCGAGACCAGCCCAUCCUCGCCAGAGGAGGCCCGCCCCCUGAAGGGCAAGUCCAAGGCGGCCAGGCCCACGGACCGCAAGAGACGCCUGCUAGCCGAGGAUUCCCCGCCAGCGGACACAAACAACAACAGGAAGGAGCCCAAGGCGGCCAAAGAGCCUGCCCAGGGAGCCACCUCCAGCCGCAACAAACGCCGCAGUCAGGGCCUGGAGAAGACCUCGCCGAUUCAGGUCAACGGCGAGGCUCUGGCCUGUCCCCUGGUGCGCAAAUCCCUCCCAGCAGCCAAAACAGGUGCCACCGCAUCCGGAGCACCCGCCAAAUCCUGCCCGCUGCCAAAGAAACGCAAAUCCCUGCCGGCGGGCCUGGCCAAGUCCUGUCCUCUGCCGCCCAAAAAGGACAAUGCAGCGAAAAGCCCGCAGAUUAAGCAGGAAUUGCCGGAGGAAGAUGACUUCGACGAGGAGGCAAUGGAGGUGGACACUGCCACCAGCAGCAGUAAUGGCCAUCAGGCAGAGCCUCCGGCCUUGCCCAUUGAAAUCCACAAGGCCGACAGCAUCGAAGAGGGUCGUCGCAUUCUGCAGUGGAUCCUGAAUCCCGUCAAGACCGAGCACUUUUUCGAGGACUUCUGGGAGAAGAACGCCUGCCUGGUGCAGCGCAAGAAUCCCAAGUACUACAGCGACCUCAUCUCCUUCAAGAUGAUCGACGAGAUGCUGAUCCGCCAUCGCCUGGACUUCACCAUCAACCUGGAUGUGACCAGCUACAAGAACGGCAAGCGCGAGACCCUGAAUCCCGAGGGCAGGGCCAUGCCGCCGGUCGUUUGGGGUCUGUACUCGGAGGGCUGCAGCAUUCGCAUCCUGAACCCGUCUACCUAUCUGCCGGGCCUGCGGCAGGUGUGCAGCAUACUGCAGGAGUUCUUCCACUGCCUGGUGGGGGCAAAUGUGUACCUAACGCCGCCCAAUAGCCAGGGCUUUGCCCCGCACUACGAUGACAUCGAGGCCUUUGUGGUGCAGGUGGAGGGACGCAAGCGUUGGCGGCUGUACGAGCCGCCGCAGCAGUCCGAUCAGCUGGCCAGGAUCUCGUCGGGCAACUACGAGCAGGAGCAGUUGGGCGAGCCCAUACUCGAUGAGGUGCUGGAGGCCGGCGACGUGCUGUACUUCCCCAGGGGCACCGUCCACCAGGCCGUCACCGAGGAGGAGCAGCACUCGCUGCACAUCACCCUGAGUGUGUACCAGCAGCAGGCCUACGCCAAUCUGCUGGAGAAGCUGAUGCCCAUUGUGCUGAAGAAGACCGUGGAGCAGAGUGUGGCCCUGCGCCGCGGCCUGCCGCUGCACACGUUCCACGUGCUGGGCGAGGCCCAGAGGUCCAAUCAGAGCAAAUCGCGCACUCAGCUGGUGGAGGGCAUCCAGAAGCUGGUGGGCAAGCUGGUGAUUCCCUCCGCCGAGGACAUUGAUAAGGCUGCCGAUCAGCUGGCCAAGAAGUUCCAGCACGAGGCACUGCCGCCGACCAUCUUGCCCGAGGAGAAGCUGCGCACCGUCUUCGGCUCCCGCAGCUCCACCGACGAGCAGGGCAACUGCAUCUGCGACUACGAGUUCGACGCCAAGACCUCCGUGCGUCUGCUGCGCGCCAAUAUCCUGCGCCUGGUCACCGAGGACGACGGCAGCGUGCGCAUCUAUCACCAUGUGGACAACGCCCUGGAGUACUGCAAGUACGAGCCCAUCUUCAUGGAGAUCCUGCCGGAGGAGGCGGCCGCCGUGGAGCUGCUCAUAUCGGCCUAUCCCUUCUACCUCGCGGUCGGCCAGUUGCCGCUGGAGACGGCGGAGCGGAAGGUGGAGGUCGUCACUGCGCUGUGGGAACGCGGUCUCCUGAUGACGGAAAAGCCAUUUAGUUUGUAGAAAGUCAAGGGCUGAUCCCUGGAGAACGUUAGGAAUAUAGGGCCUCAGGAAAUUGGAGAAGAUUUCUAAGAUUUCAGAUCAUUUUCCAAGGAGAAGGCAGUCUGCUGAGGGUGCCACAAAGGCAAAUAUCAACAAAUCAGUAGGAAUCUUAAAAAAAUAAGCAUAAAGUCAAUAGAAAAAAACUUUCAACUGAUAUCCAUAGUCCAUAGGCCAAGUUUUAAUUAUUUUUGUAAUCCUCAAGUUUUGCUGGAAGCCCAAUCACUUGUACUAUAUAUAAUAUAUCGAUUUGUUUAA